CAGGAAGGGGCGGAGCGCCAGCGGCGCCCGGAGCUACGCGCCGCACUGGACCGAGCGGCUGCAGCGGCAAGCUUGGGUGUGAGCCUGGGAGCCGCUUUGCUUACCGUCCUGCCGGUCCCAGCCGUCGCUAGGGGGUCCGCGGGCCCUGCGGCAACCCUCGCUAGAGACGCUGGGCGGGCGGCGACACCUGGCUCAUGGCCCCCGCGGCGGCUCCGUCCUCCUUGGCCGUCAGGGCCUCAAGCCCCGCCGCGACACCCACCUCGUACGGCGUCUUCUGCAAGGGGCUCUCCCGCACCCUGCUCGCCUUCUUCGAGCUGGCCUGGCAGCUGCGCAUGAACUUCCCGUACUUCUACGUCGCGGGCUCGGUGAUCCUCAACAUCCGAUUGCAGGUACCAGGGGAAUCUAUACCUGAAGCAUUACUGGAGUCAAGAAAAAAGAAGAAGUCUGAGGAACAGCUCCAGUCUACAGCUCCCAGCAUAAGCAAUGCAAGAGAUGAAUGAUUUCUGCAUUUCCAACAGAGCCUCCACCGCUGAUACCCAGGCAAACAGGGUCUGGAGUGGACCUCCAGCAAACUCCAACAGACCUGCAGCUGAGGGUCCUGACUGUUAGAAGGAAAACUAACAAACAGAAAGGACAUCCACACCAAAAACCCAUCUGUACGUCACCAUCAUCAAAGACCAAAGGUAGAUAAAACCACAAAGAUGGGGAAAAAACAGAGCAGAAAAACUGAAAAUUCUAAAAAUCAGAGUGCCUCUCCUCUUCUAAAGAAUGCAGUGCCUCACCAGCAACAGAACAAAGCUCGAUGGAGAAUGACUUUGACGAGUUGAGAGAAGAAGGCUUCAGACGAUCAAACUACUUGGAGCUAAAGGAGGAAGUUCGAACCCAUGGCAAAGGAGUUAAAAACCUUGAAAAAAGAUGAGAUGAAUGGCUAACUAGAAUAACCAAUGCACAGAAGUCCUUAAAGGACCCAAUGGAGCUGAAAACCACGGCACAAGAACUACAUGAUGAAAGCACAAGCCCAGUAGCUGAUUCAAUCAACUGGAAGAAAAGGUAUCAGUGAUGGAAGAUCAAAUGAAUGAAAUGAAGCAAAAAGAGAAGUUUGGAGAGAAAAGAAUAAAAAGAAAUGAACAAAGCCUCCAAGAAAUAUGGGACUAUGUGAAAAGACCAAAUCUACGUCUGAUUGGUAUACCUGAAAGUGAAGGGGAGAAUGGAACCAAGUUGGAAAACACUCUGCAGGAUAUUAUCCAGGAGAACUUCCCCAAUCUAGCAAGGCAGGCCAACAUUCAAAUUCAGGAAAUACAGAGAACGCCACAAAGAUAUUCCUGGAGAAGAGCAACUCCAACACACAUAAUUGUUAGAUUCACCAAAGUUGAAAUGAAGGAAAAAAUGUUAAGCACAGCCAGAGAGAAAGGUCUGGUUACCCACAAAGGGAAGCCCAUCAGACUAACAGCUGAUCUCUCAGCAGAAACUCUACAAGCCAGAAGAGAGUGGAGGCCAAUAUUCAACAUUCUUAAAGACAAGAAUUUUCAACCAGAAUUUCAUAUCCAGCCAAACUAAGCUUCAUAAGUGAAGGAGAAAUAAAAUCCUUUACAGACAAGCAAAUGCUGAGAGAUUUUGUCACCACCAGGCCUGCCCUAAAAGAGCUCCUGAAGGAAGCAUUAAACAUUGAAAGGAACAACCGGUACCAGCCACUGUAAAAACAUGCCAAAUUGUAAAGACCACCGAGGCUAGGAAGAAACUGCAUCAACUAACUAGCAAAAUAACCAGCUAACAUCAUAAUGGGAGGAUCAAAUUCACACAUAACAAUAUUAACCUUAAAUGUAAAUGGGCUAAAUGCUCCAGUUAAAAGACACAGACUGGCAAAUUGGAUUAAGAGUCAAGAGUCAUCACAGUGUGCUGUAUUCAGGAAACCCAUCUCACAUGCAGAGACACACAUAGGCUCAAAAUAAAGGGAUGGAGGAAGAUCUACCAAGAAAAUGGAAAACACAAAAAGGCAGCGGUUGCAAUCCUAGUCUCUGAUAAAACAGAUUUAAACCAACAAAGACCAAAAGAGACAAAGAAGGCCAUUACAUAAUGGUAAAGGGAUCAAUUCGACAAGUAGAGCUAACUAUCCUAAAUAUAUAUGCACCCAAUACAGGAGCACCCAGAUUCAUAAAGCCAGUCCUUAGAGACCUACAAAGAGACUUAAGACUCCCACACAAUAAUAAUGGGAGACUUUAACACCCCACUGUCAACAUUAGACAGAUCAAUGAGACAGAAAGUUAACAAGGAUAUCCAGGAAUUGAACUCAGCUCUGCACCAAGCAGAUCUAAUAGACAUCUGCAGAACUCUCCACCCCAAAUCAACAGGAAAUACAUUCUUUUCAGCACUGCACCACACCUAUUCCAAAACUGACCACAUAGUUGGAAGUAAAGCUCUCCUCAGCAAGUGUAAAAGAACAGAAAUUAUAACAAACUGUAUCUCAGACCACAGUGCAAUCAAACUAGAACUCAGGAUUAAGAAACUCACUCAAAACCACUCAACUACAUGGAAACUGAACAACUUGCUCCUGAAUGACUACUGGGUACAUAACGAAAUGAAGGCAGAAAUAAAGAUGUUCUUUGAAACCAAUGAGAACAAAGACACAACAUACCAGAAUCUCUGGGAUACAUUCAAAGCAGUGUGUAGAAGGAAAGUUAUAGCACUAAAUGCCCACAAGAGAAAGCAGGAAAGAUCUAAAAUUGACACCCUAACAUCGCAAUUAAAAGAACUAGAGAAGCAAGAGCAAACACAUUCAAAAGCUAGCAGAAGGCAAGAAAUAACUGAGAUCAGAGCAGAACUGAAGGAAAUACAGACACAAAAAACCCUUCAAAAAAUCAGUGAAUCGGGAGUUGGUUUUUUGAAAAGAUCAAAAAAAUUGAUAGACUGCUAACAAGACUAAUAAAGAAGAAAA